CUUCUCCCAGAUUACAGUACUCCAAAGAUCACUCCCUAAUCUCUGCCAUUUUUGUGCUUCGUUUGCUUCACUUAGUCUUCUUCAUACGCUCAGAUCUUCAAAUUAAAUGUAGGAUUUCUGGUGUGCAAACGGCGAGAUCUUGAUUACAAGUGUUAAUGUGAACACGCAAUGGGCCAUUUGUCCAUACAUUCCUCCUCGAAGCGGAAGCCGCGGCGGUGGCGGCUCCUGGACUUGGUGACGGCGUUCUUAUUCUCCGCCGUCUUUGUUUUCUUCCUCCUCCUCUUCACGCCGCUAGGCGACUCGCUCGCGUCGUCCGGUCGCCAGUCGCUGCUGAACUCAUACGAGGGCGCGCAGCAGCGGAGGCGCCUCGCCGCGCUCAUCGAGGCCGGACACAAGCCUCCCCCGAUCGAUGUAUGCCCCGCCGAUUACUCCGACUACAUGCCCUGCGAGGAUCCUAGGGCGCGCCGGGAAAAGCAUUGCGUCUUGCCUGAAGACGCGCCGCUUUGCUUGAUUCCGCAGCCUGGUGGUUACCGAGCUGCUGUUUCGUGGCCGGAGAGUUUGCACAAGAUAUGGCACGACAACAUGCCUUACGAAGAAAUUGCUAACUGGAAAGGCCAUGGUGGAGGGGGGAUGAAAGAAGAAGGUCCAUACUUUACCUUUCCUGAACAUAGUCCCAUGUUUUCGGAUGGAGCACAGCCGUAUAUUGAUAAACUCAAACAAUAUAUUCCUAUAGCUGGUGGAGAUCUGAGGACAGCUCUUGAUAUGGAAUCUGGGGUUGGGAGCUUUGGAGGUUUCCUACUUGCUGAAGACAUGCUGACCCUUUCUCUUGCUUCUAAAGGUUCGAAUAAACAACAAGUACAGUUUGCGUUGGAACGAGGAAUACCUGCAUUUGCUGCUACUCUAGGAACUUACAGGCUUCCAUUUUCUGCUUUUUCAUUUGAUUUGGUGCAUUGCUUGAAGUGCUCAGUUCCCUUUACAACACACAAUGCAACCUACUUUAUUGAGGUUGAUCGGUUGCUUCGACCGGGAGGCUAUCUUGUCAUUUCUGGUCCUCCCGUACAGUGGCCUAAACAAGAUAAAGAAUGGACAGAUCUCCAAGCUGUGGCCAGAUCGUUGUGCUAUGAGCUGAUUGUCGUGGACGGUAACACUGCCAUUUGGAAGAAGCCCAACAGGGAUUCAUGUCUUCAAAAAAAUGAAUUUGAGCUUGAAUUGUGUGAUGACUCUGAUGAACCAAGUGUUGCAUGGUAUGUAAAGCUGAAAAAAUGUGUCAGCAAGUGCUCUUCUGCAAAAGGAAAUAUUGCUAUUGGUGCUAUUCCAAAAUGGCCGAAGAGGCUGAUGAAAGCUUCUUCUAGGGCUGCUGCAUUGAAAUAUGGAUUGGACGUUUUUGAAGCCGACAUUAGAAGAUGGGCAAGGAGAGUGGCAUACUAUAAGAAAACGUUGAACCUGAAAUUAGGGACUCCAGCCAUACGAAAUAUCAUGGACAUGAAUGCAUUCUUGGGAGGCUUUGCUGCAGCAUUGUCAUCUGAUCCAGUUUGGGUGAUGAACGUGAUUCCUGCUCGUAAGCCUUUGACACUUGAUGUCAUCUAUGAUAGAGGUCUUAUUGGGGUUUACCAUAAUUGGUGUGAACCUUUCUCUACUUACCCCCGGACUUAUGAUCUGAUUCAUGUAGCAGCUAUUCAAUCUCUCAUAAAGGAUCCUUCUUCUGCCACGAGCAGGUGUGACCUUGUCGAUUUGCUUGUGGAGAUGGAUAGAAUUUUAAGGCCAGAAGGAACAGUUGUCUUUCGGGAUUCACCUCAGGUGAUCCGUAGAUUAGAACGAAUCACUCAAGCUGUAAGAUGGACUUCAAGUAUCCACGAGGACGAGCCCGGAUCACCGGGAACAGAGAAAAUCUUAGUAGCAAUAAAGAAACAUUGGACACCAGAUUCCUCAUCUAAGUGACGGCGUUGUGCCCCAUUUGUCUCAACUUCAGGUAUUGUUUGCCUAUCACCAAAACCCAUACCAAGUGUCUGGUUCAUUCUUUUGUUUGAUUUUACAUUUUUACCCCUACUUUACUUCCAAAUAGGGGUAAGGUAAGAUCUACAUACCCCCCCCCCCCNCCCUACUUGUGGGAUUUUACUGAGUUUGUUGUUGUUGUAAGCUCAUAUCUCAAACCCCCUAAAAACCGUUCGCAUAUGGGAAGAAGAUUUUGACCCAAACACCAUAAGUUAAUCGUACCAAUCUUAUCCCAAACGUCUGGCAUGUUACUCAAACUCAUACCCGACACCCGAACGCGAACCUUCGGGUAUGAUACUCGAAACCCAUACAUGUAAGAGAGGGACAUGUUUUGUUCCUUUUUGCUACAGAUUGUUUCCCACUGUAAGUGUUUUUUUUAAACCGAUUCUUUUCGUGCUGUUUUGUUCAAGUUGUGGAAGGGAAGUAGUGGAAGAAAUAGAAUGAAGGUGAAGUGUACAAAUACAGAAAUGCCUUUCAGCCUUUGUAAUUCAUAUGUCACAACCUUGUAAAAACCUAUGUUCAUUUGACAAUUAUGUACUUUAUCUUAUAUAUAUGCUAUAUGCUCAAAUAAUCAUGCCCAACAUGU